AGAGGAGGAAAUGACUGGUGGGGCCCUUUCGUUCCCUCACAGCUACCCAGCACGCUGCACACCCGGUGCUGAAGAGGCCCCGCCAUGAAGCCCUUUCCCAUUCUGCUGCUUGCUCUGGUGAGCCUUGUAGCUGCUAUGGAUACACAAGAUUCAGAAACGACAGCCGUGAACCCUGGAUGGGAGGAGAAUGUGACAACUACCACCUCGGAGUCCUCGGUUUCCAUAGAUGAGUCCACUACUUUGCAAACGAUACCUGCAGAGGAUUCAAAGAAUAUAAGUGCAGCACCAAGCUCCAGAAGCCUCCUACCUGAAGAGGACAGAACAACAACAGUGGCAUCUACCAUCGAAGCGAUCACAACUGAAGGCAGCAGUACGAGUAGUACCAGCAGCAGGGGGAGAUCCUUGAAUACCAGACAACGCUCCUCAGUUGUCAAGCUGGACAAGGAAGAAGAUAUUAAACAUCAUAAAGAUGAAAAUUUUGAAUACGAUUAUAACUCCUUGCGCAAGUGGGGCCUCAUAGCGGCUGCCAUCCUCUUCAUCCUGGGCAUUCUGGUUCUCACAUGUGGUAAACACGGGAAACUCCUACGAUGCCGAAGGAAAAAGCGAGCCAGACACUAUGAUGUGACCCCUGCCUGAAGUUAGUCUGUGUCCUCCUGAGGACCAGAGGGGCCCUUUGGAAGCUGCCCAUUGCUCCAGUAUUGCAGAGACGACUCUUCCUCUUCUUCCCAAAUGGAAAUGUCGCUGCCUAGUUUCCCUGCACCCUUCAGCCCCCAGCUGACCUUUCAGCUCAGCCCUUACCUGCGCCCACCGCCUCUGCCCACUCCCUAUUGUAUUGUCAUCAUACUCAUUUAGUCCCCGUGUAGAACGAAAACAUUGGAAAAUUCGUUAUCCUCUUCUCACAGCUUAAAUGUGUUUUGGCUCUUGGAUUUGGGGCAAGGCUGUUGACACUCUGGGCCAAGAAAAACCCCUCACGCCCAAACUCUGUGCCAAGACGGCUCAGAUUCUGUACUCACAAUAAAAUUCUUGGUGUGGCCCAU